AUGGCUCUGACCAUCGCCAUCCUUGGGGCAACAGGAAAGACAGGCCGUGAGGUGCUUGAACGACUCCUCCCACGGCCAGACGUGAACAUUCGGGUCUACGUCCGGUCAGCCUCAAAGCUCAUCGAUCUAUUUCCAUUGCUGUCGUCCAAUCCGCGCGUUUCCAUCUUCCAAGGACCACUCGGAGAUGUCGAAAAUAUGCGCAAAUGCUUGUAUGAGGCCGAACAUAUCAUCUUCACGCUUGGCGAGAAUGACAACCUCCCAGGCGUCAGCGUGGUCGAGGACGGAGCCAAGACAGUCGUCGCUGCUCUGUCGGCGUUGCGCAACGACCAGGAUAUAAAGCAAGAAUGGCGUCCCCCGCGCGUGCUGGUGCUGUCGUCCGCGACAUGGAAUCCCACCCUGGCCGCCGUGCGCCCCGCCGUGAUCCACUGGGCGAUCAAGACUGCGUUUUGUCACCCGUAUGCCGACCUCCAGCGUGGCCAGGCGAUCCUCCUCGCCGCCGCACCAUCGCUGCUCAGCGUUCUGCUCGUGCAGCCCAACGGGCUGAUCGAGGACGAGCCCAGCGGGCACGAGAUUAGCGUUGACCGCGCCACCUUGACUGUCACGUAUGGCGACUUGGGCGCCGCCUUCGUCGAUUUGGUGUGCAUGAGGGAGUUCGACGACUUGCCGGCCGUCGGAGUCUCGAGCAGAUGCGGCGACAACGCCCUGAAGUAUGGCCCCAUUCUGGGAUACAGGAUUGUGAGGGGCUUGUGUGCGACCUACAUCCCAGGGUUUUGGCACGUACAUAGACUUGUACUUUCGGUGGUCGCGACGUUGUCCUUCAAGAGGAAGUCGAGCUGA